UUCGUGACGUCACGUAGAUACUGAAAAGAGUCAAAAUGGCGGUCGAGGUGGUUGGCGAUUUCGAACUGGAGAAAAUUAGAGCAGAGAUUCAACAGGAGAAACAGAUGAAGGAAAUGUUAGAGCAGUCUACUGCUGAAUUACAAUACACAAUCGAUGAACUGGAGAAACGGUACGAUGGCGUUGUGGAUGAGGGAAAUGAGUGGAAGACAAGAUGUGAAACGCAGCAAGAAAUGAACGAGCAGCUAGAUAAACAGAUUUUUAUGUUACAAAGUAAAGUACAGGAGGCUAAGAGUAACCUAAAAGACGUCCCUGUUACAAAAGACCCCGGCCAAUACUUAAAAACACUUGCAGCUGGGCCUUACAUGGCUAGUAGUGAUCUCCCCAGUAGUAAUGGCAAGGAUAAUUCUAUUAUGAGUUAUGUGCCAUCAGAUUCAAUACCCAGUACAGCCAAGACAAAGCCGGCGGGGAUCACUAUAAACAUAGCAAUAACCAGUCCACGCCAAGGAAGAGACAAGAUAUUUAAUGCUGGAAAAUCGACAAAAGACAUGAAGAACUUUGACGAUCUUUCGGACGCAACUCCACACAUGGUCCGCAUGUUGGAAAAGGAAAAGAAUAUGUUACACAGCCAGAUGCGUGAUAUAGAAUGGAGACUCGAUCAAGAAUCCAAGGCGUAUCAUAAAGCGCAUGAGGAAAGGAAGACCUACUCAACAGAAAUCCAUGCUGCGGCUACCGCUAAUGCCAGAAACAGACUACCAUUAACACAUAGGGAUUUGGAACCAAUACCAGGGUCACGUACACCACGAGAUAUGGGCCGUUUUAGGUGCUCUCAUAUUGACAAUUGGUCCAAGCAAAAUAAAAACCACCCUCCUCCAAACUUUCGUGGACCUCGAUACAUGGACCCCACGUGGACCAGUUUUUCACGUAAUAUUCCGGAAGAUCAAAGAAUUAUAGAUCCCAAGCGAGGACCAAUACGGAAGACGGCUGCUGUUAAAAGUCUUCCAAGUCUUGAAAUGACAUAAUACAUACGUACGCAAACAACAAUAAAACAUACUUAACGCAAAUUAUUUUGUAUGUAAAUUGUCGUUUUAAAAUCAUAUGUAUAUAUUGUGAACGUGAUGCUCUAGUGGUAAAUUUUAAAAAGUCUUAUUAUCUGUGAUAAACAUAUAUAUAUAUAUAUUUGUCUGUGCUAUUUUUAUGUAUUACUAAAUUACUAAUAUUUUCUGAGCUGAAGAUUUAUUGAGAAAUGUUUUGUAUACCGAAAUAAAUAUCUUAUUUUCACUUCACGAAGGCAUCUUUUCAAAUAGUUCGCGGCGGGCAACAUAUACAAGUUGGUAUUACAUAAAUAUCUCUGCGUCUUUCCUGCAUCGGGAAACAAAUUUCUUUCCUUGUUUUUUUUUUGGUUUUAUUUUUUAUUUUUCAAAAUUAUCGCUCAGUUCUGUAAAUAAUGAGAUGAAAAACAAACAUUAAAUUGUUUGAUAAAUUUAAGUGUAUGUUUGGAUUAUGUCACUAAUUGUUUUUUUGAAUAUAAACAUUCAAGCAUGCAUUCAUUUUUGCUAUCUUCUACUAUUUGUCAGAGUUUUAUGUUUCUCGAAGGGUGCUUAUUUGUAUAUAUUAUGUUUAGUUAUUUAUUUUCAGUUUCAUAAUUUGAUGGCAAUUGUAUUCACUCAACUGUAAACAAUAUUACUUAUUUCCAAUCUAUUCAAAGCUAGUCAUAUCUUGAUAAGAUACCCUUCAAUAUCAUUUUCGAACAUAUUAAAGAUUAUAUACUACCCUACAAUUAACUUGUGUUAUUUUGAAAAAAAAGAACAAUAUCUCUUUAAUUGCAUACCAUAUGUGUCAUAACGUUAAUCUUAUGAUUUGGGCAUUCAUUAUAUGUUUUAAUCGUAUAACAAAAGUCUGAUAGUUUUUACUUCUGAAAUUUAUCAAAUUGAACAAUUUUCUUACGGUAUGUUCACCGUACACAUCAAAAUCCCUGUUCUAUUGGUAUACAAUGUCCUUUUUUAAAGCGACGCCAUCAUAUUCAUUGUUUGGUUCGUCUCCCCUUAAUCGUUAUUUUGUAUAGCAGUAAACAAACAAAAUUGAUCCAAAACAGGCCGAAACAUAUUUAAUCAAAUCACAUAAUAUUUUCUAAUCGGGUAUUUGAUGGUGUUUUCUGGUGUUGGUUUUGAUAUAAGUCUUCUGUAUCUUAAGGUAGCAUAUGUCCUUAAAUUUUUCUAUUUUGAUAUAAAUUUUAUAAAAAAAAUAUCGUAUUCAGUUGGUAGGUUACUGUUUAGUUCAACAAAAUAUGUGUAUUAUAGCAGUUCGUGAUAUACAUGAGUAAACUGCGUUUAUUCAUAGUCUGAUAAUUUUUCAUUACUUUUUGAAAUGCAAAUGAAAGUCACGCACGGAUGAUUCACAUUUUGUGCAUGGAUAGCUAAAUUUUUAUUCGUCAAACCAUUCUUUUGAACUUCAGUGUUUUCUGUUUCUUUUCCCCCCGCAUUCAUCUAUUUGAAAUGGACUUUGUAGGAACAGCGAAGUUUACACGCAUACCGUGUUGCACAUUCCAAUGGAACUUUCAUUUGAAGUAAGAAGAAUUACCAGACUACACAAUUGUAAUGUUUUGUUUGUGGUAUUUUACAUCACAAUCCGUCCAUAGUUCAGACUACAUGUACUUACGUCAUGGUUCUGUUUAUAGAAACCUCCUUUACCGUGAUGUAUACAAGAUUUAAAUUGAAUCGGGUAUAGAAAAUAUGAACCUAACAUAAUAUGCUAUUGUUUAUAUUUAAAUCCCCAAUAUGAUUUGCUGGCAUUAAAUCAUACUUCAUUAUAAUCAAAUUAAGUACCGGGCAAACUUUAGAUAAAUUAGUGGUUUAUAUAUAAUUAUGUAAUUCUGCUGUUAAUUGUAUGGGGAAUAUUGCUAUAAUAAAAAUGAUAUUCAGCAAGAAAAUGGUUUUAAAUUAUGUCAUUUGUGAGUGGAUUCCGGACUCCAUCGAAACUAUAUAAUUUGGCUGGUUUGUUGAGAGUUUCGGAUUCUGGCGAGUCUGCUUUGAAAUCAUUACAUUAUACAAUAUCA